GCCAAAGGUGGAAAAAGAUAAAGGGGAGAGGGUAGAAAAAGCAGUGCUUCUUCCUAAAAGACAAACCAAACCAACUUUCGUAAAUCAGCUGCUAGUCUUUUCCCACAUAAAGUCUGGAUAUAAACCAUCUGAAAGGAGAGAAAAUUAGUCCCAAAGGGAAAAAAAAUCCCCACUCCCUCUGAUGAAGAUGGGUUUUAGGAGCUACCAUUUAGCAGAGGACAAAAACUCGUGCUUUCAAGCUCCUACUUUCAUUGAAUGGCUGAAACCAUCUUCUCCUGUGACUCAACAGGUUCAGCUUAUAAACCCCAUGACUAUCUUGAAACUGCCUGCCGUCUCUUUUCAACAGCAGCAACAAGAUCAUCAGCAGCUUGGGCAGGAAACCAUUCAAUGCCUACCUCUUUUGAGCAGGCUAACAGAGAACAAACCAUUGGAAGAAGAAGAUGCUGGAACGAAAAAGGAGAUGAGUUUUGGGAAUGUUAAAGAAGAAAAGAUAGAGAAAGUUACAGUUUCCUUGCACAUUGGGUUGCCCAACAGUACUACCGGGGAUAAUCCUGUUGCGGAGAAUAAGAAUUUUAAAGAAGAAGAACCCAUCAAGAAAACCUUCCAUGGAUGUUCUUUCAACACAGAAAGUAGGUUUUGGAUCCCAACUCCAGCUCAGAUCCUCGUCGGCCCCAUGCAGUUUGCUUGCUCCAUAUGUAGCAAGACUUUCAAUAGGUACAAUAACAUGCAGAUGCAUAUGUGGGGGCAUGGAUCUGAAUAUAGGAAAGGGCCAGAUUCACUUAAAGGAACACAACCAGCAGCAAUGCUGAGGCUGCCAUGCUAUUGCUGUGCCCAGGGCUGCAAAAACAACAUCAACCAUCCGCGAGCGAAGCCAUUGAAGGACUUCCGAACACUUCAAACUCACUACAAAAGGAAACAUGGUGCAAAGCCCUUCAUGUGUAGAAAAUGUGGCAAGACAUUGGCUGUCAAAGGGGAUUGGAGAACACACGAAAAGAAUUGUGGCAAGUUGUGGUAUUGCACUUGUGGCUCUGAUUUUAAACACAAAAGAUCAUUGAAAGAUCACAUUAGGUCAUUUGGAAAAGGACAUUCCCCUCAUCCUUCUCUUGAAGGAUUUGAAGAUGACAAGGAUUGCAUCACUGGCUCCGAAGACGAAUUCACUCACUAGACAACUACUCAUCGAAUCAAAUCAAGUACCCUUUAAUUUUUCGAAAGCUUUUAAUUUUCUUUAAUUUCCAUGUUUUAAAAGUUUCUUAGGCUUAUCCAAAGCUUGUGCUCGGUAACAAAAAAUUCUCAAACAAAACAUUGCAUUGGAGGCAAAAGAGGGAGCGGUUUGCUACGGAGCACUUGCUGGUCAGGGCUAAGCCUCAGUUACUUUUUUAGGCACUUUGUGGCAGCCGUAAUUGGGAAUAAAAAAGGGGUUACCUCAAGUGAUGAAGUAGAUGAAUUUUCUUCUCUUCCAUGAUGAAGAUUUCAAAAAGAUUGAGUUACUUUUUCUAAGGGAGAAAAUUUAUCCGCUUCAUUGCUAAAUGGUAAUCUUUUAUAGGAUGGGAUUGUAUUAUAUUGUUUUCUAGACAAUUAUCUUUUCUGGUUUUUCUCUCUUGGCUAUGAGCAUUUUCUCUUUCAAAUCCUUGUUCUUCAAUCACCUUUUUAAUGCCUUUAAAUGUUCAAAUCAAUUUCAACAAAGAUCAUGUCAUAAUUCUAUAUUUUAUCUACUCCUUUAUUGGAAGGGA